UCUAUUCUCUUUACAUCGAGCGAUUGCUGUCAACUGGUCCCCGGGACGCUUAGUAAGCCAUUUCCGAUCACGCAAUAUCAAAUUGACUGCAUCGGGAUUUGCCAAUUAGGAUCAGAUCGAGUAUAAACAGAAGAAUUUUGAGCAGCGAUCACUGCAAGAAAUCUCAGUUUCAUUCGGGAAGAACCUCGUGUGUUAUCAAUUGCCACAGAUACGCUUAUCGGGCUGUCAUCGUUGUCUGUCACUGGAAAGUGUUGCUGUUAUCGUCGAUUCGUGGGCAUUUUUCCGCGGAGCUUGGAGUUUGCAGGGUUCAAAUAUCGUCUGUGUCCAGAUCGGCUCUUUUCGAUGUGGUGUUGAAAUUGGACUAAGUCAAGACGCUUUCAAUUCUAUCUUAAGCCAUACUAAGUGAUCGUUCGCCAAUUUCAACCAUACGAACCUUACUGUGGCAAACCGGCACGAUGAAGGACGCAUCGUGUGAUAACGGCCCCUGGGCACCAUUGCUGGCGGCCGUGAAUGCCGAAUCACAGGUGCAUUUGAUCAUCGGAUCAAACGCUCUGGCAGCAGCUCGUUGCAGCAAGAGUCUGGAUGCCGGCGCAAGGCCGAUUAUCAUUGCACCGGAAACGGCUGAUUUGCAAUAUACCCUGUCUGAGCGCAUUCAAAAUGGUUCAGCAGAAUGGGUACGCAGAGAAUUCCAAGAUGACGACUUGACAACUUUGGGGCGGGAGGAAGUUGACCAAGUGGUGGACAUGGUCUUUGUUACUUUGGGCGGUAGCCACCCACUGAGCCCACACAUUUCGAAGCUGUGUCGACGUCUCAGGAUUCCAGUCAAUGUAUCAGAUGCCCCGGGGCUUUGCACGUUUAUGUUGCUUUCUACGUACUCGGAUGGCCCUCUCCACGUUGGCAUUACAACAUCAGGACGAGGAUGUAAGUUGGCUUCGCGUUUGAGAAGGGAAGUUUCUUCUUCGUUACCAUCGAACCUCGGAAGCGCCAUCGACAGACUAGGCGCAGUGAGACGUCGCCUGUGGGAAGAAGAUCAAGCUGCCGGGCUUUGCGAUACGGCUUUCGAGGGAGACGAUGAUGACGCAACGGGCCAGAAGCACACUUUUAACACAUUAUCGACGAACGAUGAAAUAUACAUGGCCAAAACGAGACGCAUGCGUUGGCUUUCUCAGAUUUGCGAAUACUGGCCACUCCGCAAACUCGCCGCUAUUACCGACUCUGAUAUCGACGACAUACUCAAGGCCUAUUCGUCUGUGAAUGGCGAUGCGCGAGAUGUUAACGGCGUAACAACGAGGAAAGGAAAGAUCAUUUUGGCUGGUUCUGGUCCGGGGCACCCCGAUAUGCUCACUCGGGCCACAUAUCAUGCCAUCCAAAGCGCAGACAUCAUUCUGGCAGACAAGCUCGUGCCAGAGCCUGUUUUGAACUUGAUCCCACGCAGGACGGAAGUCCAGAUUUCCCGCAAAUUCCCCGGGAACGCAGACCAGGCGCAAGAGGAAUUCCUCCAAAUGGGACUAAAGGCAUUGCGCAGCGGGAAACAGGUACUCCGACUGAAACAGGGCGAUCCCUACCUGUACGGCCGUGGCGGCGAAGAGUUCGAAUUCUUCCGAAACGAAGGACACAUCCCCGUGGUCCUACCGGGUAUCACCAGCGCACUGAGCGCUUCCUUAUUCGCUGAAAUCCCAGCGACUCAUCGAGGCGCAACGGACCAGGUCCUGAUCUGCACUGGAACCGGCCGGAAGGGCGCAGCGCCAGAACCCCCUACCUACGUGCCUACGCAAACAGUGGUCUUUUUGAUGGCCCUUCACCGGCUCUCAGCACUCAUAGAAUCUUUGGUCAACGCACCAGCAGAGGACAGCGGUGCCCGGCCUUGCACGCCCUGGCCCAGGGAUACACCGUGUGCUAUCAUCGAGCGUGCCUCGUGCACCGACCAGCGCGUUAUCCGUACAACUUUGGAGCAUGUAUGUACAGCAUUUGAGGCAGAGGGCUCGCGGCCUCCAGGGCUGUUGGUGGUUGGCGUAAGCUGUCAUGUCUUGCAUAAACCUAAUAAACAGAAAUGGGUUGUCGAAGAGGGAUUCAAAGGUCUGGAUGAACUGCGCGAUCCGUCUACGAUGAAUGAGCAGGAAUGGAAGGACUUCUAGAUGGCUUAUGGUCAUGGAUUGAUAACGGUCCAACGGAUUAUGAUCAUGACAAUUAUUUUGGUUUCAACAACGGAGUUGGAUGUGGGGAAAAGAAAAGUAAAGAUACCCGUACAUAGAUUUAAAUUCAUGAAUUUCCAUUCUAUCUAUUUCUUGGAC